CUUCUGAUCAGCUCUGUCCUAGCUGUGGACACAAAAUCUUUCUUGUGCAUCAUUGGAAUUCAAGCUCUGGCUGAACUCAACCAGUGGGACCAGGUGUUGGGCUGGAUUCUGGAAAUCUAUGAGAUACCAGAGAAAAUACCUGCCAAAAUCCUACAGAUGUGCAUCAUUCUAUACAGCAAGGUUGGAGAGCCAGGCCAAGUACAGAAGGCAGUGGACAGUUGGCUGAAGUGUUAUACUAGUCCAAGUGCCCUAGGCUGUGGCUCAGGGCUGGUAUUGGAGUUAUAUCUGUUGCACGUGCUGCUACCACUUGGGCUGUACACAGAGGCAGAAGAACUGAUCCAAAGUACAGCACUGCUGACAGAGCAGCAGAGGGGACCAGCAUUACAAGUCAUAAACAAUAGGAGGUCUCAGCAGCUGGAGCAGGAGCCAGCAGACAGCAGGAGCCCGCUUGGAGCAGACUCCAGAAAGCAAACUCAUCCAGAACCCAACUCGCUGUUUAAAACUCUGCAGCAAGUGCUGAUGUUGUCCUGGAGGUUUCUGCAUUUGGUGCCUGUUCGCAAGUUGUUUUUAGCUGUGCUUUUGGCCUACUUGCUGAUUGUCAGGCUGGACCCAGCUUCUCCAACAGCUUUGCCAUGGGUCCGUAACCUCCACAACGUCAUCAAGCAGAUGUGGAAGAUUAUGUUUGCUCGCUUCAACAAGGCAAGAAUUGGCAAAUGAACGUGGAUGUGUACUUCAGCCAAGGAGGGUGAAGUCUUGGGGUAUAUAGUCUUGGAAUUGGAGGCUGUUGCUCCUGCAAUAUUGGAUAAUGAGUCAUUAACUUCACAGGCCCCUCCACACCUUGUAGGAAAUGCUAACAUGGCACCUACUGUGGCCCUAGGAGUGUCAGCUAGCUUCAUCAUGUUCUGAGCCUUUGUAUUGUAUGCUGCUUUGUCCAACUCUGGCCAGUCCUGUCCCAGACAGUGACAAGCUGUCAUUUCUCACUCUAAUGCUGCUGUUAAUUAUUGUCAUUGGGAUUUAUUUUGAUCACUUGAACACUUUAAAUUUGUCAUCCUGAGUUAGUUUAUUACUGCCUGUAAAUAUGAUAAUAAACCAUGCUGCACAUUAUCAAGUUUGCCUUUUGCAGCAACCAUGUGGGGCAAAUUAGAGAGAUGUUGCUGCUUUCCUCAAAUUUUCACAAUGAAGAAUCUUCCCAGUCUCUCUCCAGUGUGUAACAGGAUUGAUUAUGCCUGCCCUUCUAUUGCUGCUGUGACCCCGAAGAUAGGAUAUUGCUAAUCAGUGUGUCGAAGGGGUGCAUUACAAGGGAAUGUGCACACCAAAUCAGUGCAAUAUAGGUUUCUGGAGGAACUGACCCCGACGUUUCUGAAACGCUGCCUAGGGCAGGGCAAUGCACAGGCUCUAUCGCCAAGACUGAGACCGUGCCCUGAAUAAUCACUGUCACAGUGGGCAUCGGCCAUCAGCUCCUUGCUUUGCACGAGAGAUGGAACACAUUGAACAUUUACAAACAGAAAAAGACAAAUUGACUUGUUCUCUGGGAACCUGAGUCCCCUCUUCACCCACCAGAUAGCAGAAAGAUGUGACAGGGGCAGUCUGAUCGAUUUGAGAGUUCAUUUUAAGAUGUGGCAAUAAAAGUUCCAACUAAA